ACGGGAAAACAAACUGGCCACCAGUAAAUGUGAAGGCUGGGAUUAGCAUAAAGGAGGGGGGGGGUAAAAAAGACGGGCAGAGAGUUGUUGUGGAGACACAAGUGCUUUAACUGGAUCUUCACGAGAAAAGAAACCUAGUUGACCAAAAUCCCCAACUUGUUUCUCUUGCCUCAUACCUGCUGGCUCCCAGUUAAAAGCCCGGAGUUUUGUUCCAGGGCUUCAGGGCUGGGAUUUCCUCCCUCCGUCCACCAAGCAGCUGAGGCUCGCUAAGCUCUAACUAAAGCUCUUUGGCAGCCACUGGCCUGAUUCAGCGCUCACUUACCAAAAAGAAAAGAAAAGAAAAGAGAAAAAAAACACCAUGCAUUGGGAGGACAAAGCCAUUCUCUUCAGCAUUCUGCUGGUCUACAGCUCAUCACAGGUGCUGGCUUCAGGUGAGAGUCAGGAGGACGGUCAGUGUGCUGAGCUCAACAACACCAGAUGGCAGGAGUACCGGCAGCAGAGGGUGGAAGUCCAGUAUCUGCUGCUGACCAGGAAAAACCCGGACUGUGCGCAAAAGUUUGACCAGGACUCCGUCGGCAAGCCCACGUCUUACUUUAACACGUCCCGUCAGACGAAGGUCAUCAUCCAUGGAUUCAGCGCCCUGGGAAGGAGGCCGUCCUGGGUUACGGACCUGGCCCAGGCCCUGCUCGAGGCUCAGGAUGCCAACGUGGUGGUGGUGGACUGGAUUUACGGCGCCUCCUUCGCCUACAACCUGGUGGUGGAGAACUACAAGGAGGUGGCCCUGCAGAUCUCGGUUCUCGUCAACCAGCUACAGCAGAGACACGGCUGCAGACUGGAAUCCUUCCACUUGAUCGGGGUCAGUCUCGGAGCCCAUGUGGCCGGCUUCGUGGGGACGGUGUUCGAGGGGAAGAUCGGAAGAAUCACAGGUCUCGACCCAGCCGGCCCCAUGUUUAAGGGGGCCGACACCUACGACCGGCUGGACCCCACCGACGCUGUGUUUGUGGACGCCAUCCACACCGACUCUGAUCAUUUUGGCAUCUCCAUUCCUGUCGGUCAUGUGGACUUCUUCCUGAACGGUGGGAUGGACCAGACUGGAUGUGCUCGUUCCAGAUUUGCCUCAAUUUUCCUACUAUUUCCAGUGUACGGCUAUGUGAUUUGUGACCACAUGAGGGCGCUGCACGUCUACAUGAGCGCGCUUAACGGCACGUGCCAGCUGAUGGGGAUCCCGUGCGCCUCUUAUGAGGACUUCCUGAAGGGAAGCUGCGUGGACUGCGGGGUCUUCAAGGGCAGAUGUCCAGCUAUAGGUUUACAGGAAAAGAGCGGGAUAGCCAUGUCACCCAUUCCCGAACAGCAGAAGGUCUUCCUCCUCACGACUUCUUCGGCACCGUUUUGUGCGCAUCAUAUUCUGCUCACGCUGGAAGUUUCCCCCUUGGAUAAGAGUGCAGAGGUGGAGGUGACGCUGACGAAUUGGAGCCAGGGAACGGAGCACCGCUUCAGACUUAAGCCUGGAACGACGGUGUACAGGAGGGUGUUGGCUCACCCUGCGGCCCUGUGCCAGAUCGACUCCAUCAGGCUGAAAAACACGGGCGCUCGCCUCUACAGGCAGGGAGACGUCCACGUCAAGUCUGUGUGCGUCUCGGAGCUGCCGCUCCACAGGCACGAGGCGCCGCUGUGUGUGAACGACAUCGACAUCAGGCGGGGCGUUCCCUGGUCGCACGACUUCGUGCAGGUGUGUGGCACUUCGUGACGGGCGAGUCCACGCCGAGGACAGCGAAUAGAAAAAACAGUGGAGCUACAUCAAAAAUUAGACAUAGGCGUGUUACCAUGGAGGCCGUUUUGCAUCGUCGUCGUCUUGUUUGGGUCAGAGAAAAAAGCCAGUGAGUUUUGAGGUAAUGAAACAUUUUGGUAACUUAGAUACUUAAUCCAUCUGAUUUUCCAUCAACGUGACCUAAACUGUGGCCUGUUGGGUUUUGUUUUCAUUUCAUUUCUGAAUGAAACGAUUUUCGGAGCCGAGUUGUGUCUCCGAAAAAUGUUUACAAGAGGAAACUUAUUGAAUAACUUUUAUUCUCUUAGAUCCACCUUCAAUAAUAAACAAAGCAUCACUGUC